AUGCCAGAAGCAAUGAGUAGCAAGGUCGAAACAAGUGUCGCCGAUCCAGGCAUGGAUGCCUCGCGCAACAAGCGCAAAAGGAUCUGGGCUGCUUGCGAGCCUUGCAGAAAGCGCAAGUCCAAAUGCGACGGCCAGAAUCCUUGCGCAGGAUGCGUCUCGACCAUCAAGACGGCCAUGUUGCCUAUCAAUGCCACCACUCUGGAAACGGGCGCCAUCGAUAAAGCCUUGGUGCAGGCAAAGGCACAAGAACUCUGCGUCUUUGACUGGAAUCGCAAGCCUCGUGGACCGAAGGGCAAGAAGGCUGCCUUUGCUGCUGCCUUUGGUGUCCAAACAACAGGCAGCAUCGGCGCACCACGCAGCCAUGCCAGCGCAGGUUCAGCAUACAUCGAGGCACAGAAGCGCGUUCUUGACAAUGUACAUCCCAGCAACGCUCACCGGCCCCGCCCUGACAUCAAAGGCGCAUUCACAUUCUUAGCGCCUGAUGCCAUGUCCCCCGACUCCAGCAGCAAUGCUUCGCCUGCGCAUAGCGCACCUUGGCCAGACUCGUCACCCUCUGCUGCAGCUGAGAACGCCGCCCCUCAUUACGAACACUAUCCCUCAGGAAGCAACGUGCCACCAAAUAACAACCCAAACAUGCAGUAUUCUCAUCUAGGCUCCAAUGGUCGACCCGAGCUCUACCAGAGAGAUUCCAAUGAAAGCAGCAACUUUUCUUCGUCCGAGUACAGCUCGCAUACCUUCAGCGGACGCCUUUCGGAAUCCAAUACCUCGAUCUCGACCUUUUCGCCACCCAUCGUUCCAGGACCUUCUUCAAGACCGAUGGGCACCGAGGAGCGACCACUGAAACGCACUUUCGUGUACUUUGGCAUCGACGACCGCGUCAGCAAAGCGACGCUCAGCGCCUGGGACGCCCUGGCCGAUAGUGCCAGUCAUCCACGCUCCAACAGUGUCUCGAGCAUGCUGCGAUCGCAAAACUCGGCGGGGACCUCCCCAACCGAAGUCAAUCGGAACGGCGCAUCGCCAGCACAGUCGCAAGGCUCUGGCGGUCUUGUAGCUGCCUCUCCUCAAUCAGAUGGAAGCGUCAACUACUUCAACGCUGCUACCAAGCUGUCUACUGCAGGCGGCGACAACUGCGACAUGCGCUACCACGAUCAGUCCAUGCUGAUCAACCGCCUCAAGCCAUACUACACCGAGAGGGAUCGACCUUUUGUUGCCUUGGCCAUCUCGCAAUUCGAGGCACUCGACUCGUUUGAAAAAAUGAUCCCCUCCCGCUAUCUGUUUGGUUCUGCGCCAGGCGCCGGCGGUCGCGACCCACCAGCGCAUGUUCUACUGGCGCUGCUUGCUUUCCUGGCGCAUCGUGCUUUGCUUCUGCCCGACAGUAUGAACAUCGAGGACCUUGAUCUUCAGGCAGGAGACGUGGUCAUGCGAUGUGCCAACAACUACGGCAGGCUCGAAGGUGAUGAUCGCAAGCAGAUGCUCUCGUUCGCUCGACGCAGCUGGGGUCUUGCCAACGACCUAAUGCUACAAAAGAUCCGCAGCGGUGAUGUUGAUCCACGUCUCAUCAUGACCGGCAUGCUCUUGGAGAUGGGUGCAGGAGAAGAUGGUCUCAGCAGCAAGGGUCUUGUCCAGCGCAAGAUGUGGCUCUUCCGUCUCGCCUACUGUUGGCGACUCCACCAGCUUGACGCCAAACCCGAUUCGGAAAGCUGCAACACGCCCUGGGAUGGUCCAGAGGUGUUGCAGAGGGCUCUCGAGAUCUCUGGCGGCUCAAGCACCGAUGACCCGCAAGCACCGCUCCCACGUGCAGCUGAUACAAGAACGAUGAUCAAGGAUCCCAUCGAGCUCGAAGCACUCCGCAGGCAGGUAUUUCUCAUUGUGACAGCGGCAUACUGGGUGCAGACAGCAGAACUGCAGGUACCCAAGUUUGACGUCUACACGAUGGAGCUCGAGCCCGCCAGUGCAGAUGACUACAUCCAUCACGGAUCCAACUGGACGCCCAAGGUUCAUCCUGCAUCCAACGGCUACCUGACACAGACUCGAGACCUCAUCUUCCGCACCUAUGGUAGAUUGACGCGUCUGUUGCACACGCCGCUCGCCGACAUUUGCACAGGUCACUCACCUGAACCAGAUCUACAGCAUGCCAUUACUGAGAUGGAGACAACACUCGAUUGGCUCGUCGAGCGCAUCGGCUCGGUCACCUACAAGGGUCCCGAAAUGCCAUUGCGGGUGGCAGCAUUUGUCCAUUCGCGCAUAGUCGCUUUGCUCAUGUACCGCCUCUUCACUUCCAUCCAGGCUUUCUUCUUCCUGUUCCCGGAACGCACCACGGCCAAGACGGACAAGUCGCUGCGCAUCGCCUCAACGCUGAUGCCUACGGGCGAGAGCGAGCAGCGCUCCAACUUUGAAAUGAUUGCCGGAAACAACUGGGCACCGGAAUCAGAGAGCGAGGAUGACAGUGCCAUUGGACGUGACUUCCAUGGCAGGAAGUUGCUAUCGCGCCCUCAAUUCUCUCGUCACCCAAUGAAGGCGUCAAUGGCAGUUUUGUGGGAGACGGGCGCUGUUGCCAAGCGAUUGCUUGAGCUGCACAGAGCCCGCGAUGCCGCACUGAAACCCAUCGAGGGCAAUGCCAACAACGAGUGGAAGAGCGGCCAAGGCGAAAAGAGAGGCAACGAAGUGGGCAAGACGAUGGACGCUUCACUGCGAGCAGUGCGUUGGCCUCGACACUUGCGUCUGUUUGCACAGCACGCCUACGCCAUGGCUGCGGAAGCACACGUUGCUGGAGCUUCUUGGCUCGAUGCAUACGGCGAGAACGAGAACCCUGGAUGGAAGAAUCCAGCCUCGUUCGAUCUGCUUCCCGAGUUCAACAAUGAGCAUAUUGAAAGCGGAUUGUGGGAUACCGGAGAUGCAUUCUUGGAGCUCCUUGAGGCUAUGGCCAAGAUGGGCAGUACACACGCUCGCAACAUUGAGGAAUCGACGUUGCGAUACCGACAGGAGCGCUGGAACUGGGCCAAGCGAUAUCAGCAGCCUCCCAGUGGCUUGACGAGCAUGCUUAACCCCAAGUAA